AUGUUCCUGAAGCUGCGGGACAUCGUGGCCUCGGACGCCUUCCGCGACUACGUCUCGGACCCGCGCGGCCUCAUCUCCAAGAAGGACUUCCAGAAGGCGAUGGACAGCCAGAAGCAGUACGAACCCGCCGAGAUCCAGUUCCUCCUCUCCUGCUCCGAGGCGGACGAGAACGAGAUGAUCGACGUGGAAGCCUUCGCCGGUCGCUUCCAGGAGCCCGCCCGCGACAUCGGCUUCAACGUCGCCGUCCUCCUCACCAACCUCUCGGAGCACGUCCCCCACGACCAGCGCCUCCGGACCUUCCUGGAGCAGGCGGCCAAUCAUGGGCGCCGCCCGGCGCAUCGAGCGCCUCUACUUCGAGAUCAGCGCCGCCAACAAGGCGCAGUGGGAGAUGCCCCAGGUGAAGGAGUCCAAGCGCCAGUUCAUCUUCGACGUGGUCAACGAGGGCGGGGAGGCGAGAAGAUGGAGCUCUUCGUCAGCUUCUGCGAGGACACCAUCUUCGAGAUGCAGAUCGCGUCCCGCCUCUCCGAGGAGGAACCCCCGCGGGAAGGCGGGGAGGAUGAGGAGCAGGAGGAAGAGGAAGAGUCCCCCGACGCCGCCGGCCCGCCGCCCGCCGCCGAGCCCACCUCGGCUUUCGGGGAGCUGCUGGCGGGGGCCGGGGGGCUGCGGCACUUGCUGGGGUCCCCCCAGGCCUGGCGGCGGCGGCUGCGGCGGUUGCGACGCAAGCCGGGCCGGGAGCUGCUGCGUGGGCGGCGGGGGCGGCCGCCGGCCGGGCGGUGCUGGGGGGGCUGCUGGGGGGCUGGGGGGUGCUGGGGGCCGUGGGGCGCCUGGCCUGGACCUCCCUUUUCGGAGGGGGGCUGGUGGAGGGGGCGCAGCGCCUGGCGCUGGCCGAGCUGCUGGCCAGCAUGCCCGACCCCACCCAGGACGCCGUGGGGGGCGGCGAGGCCGGGGGGGGCUGCGGCGGGCGAGGAAGGGGGUCCCCAAGAGCCCGGCCCCCCCGCCCGUCCCCCACCUGCCGCAGCCCCCCGAGGAGGAGGAGGAGGAGGAGGCGGCGGCGGCGGCGCGCCGGCGGCGGCUUUCGGGGUGCGCAAGGAGCCCGGGCACUAUCGGCUGGCGGCCCCCGACGCCCCCGGGGGGCUGGGGGACAUCGGGGAGCCCACCGCCGCCGAGCCCCCCACCCCCGAGGGCACCCCCAUCCUCCGGAGAAAGAUUGGGGAGGACGGGGAGGAGGUGGUGGAGGAGGAGCCGCAGAAGGAAGAGGAGCCGGUGAGCGAGGUGGAGAAAGCUGACACAGAGAACGGGGAGAAGGCCGGGGCGGAGGGGGCCGAGGAGGGGCCCGAGCCCGGGCCCCCCAAGAGGAGGAGGAAGUCGGUGCCCCGGGAGCGCAAGGAGCCGCCGGCCGAGGGAGCCUUCGAGUUCUGGGCUGAGCUGGAAGUGCAGAGGGUCAAAUUCCUGAACUACCUGUCCAGGAACUUCUACAACCUGCGGUUCCUGGCGCUCUUCCUCGCCUUCGCCAUCAACUUCAUCCUCCUCUUCUACAAGGUGUCGGAGCACCCCCCGGGCAUGGAGGAGGAGGCGGAGGGCUCGGGGCUGGGGGCGGCGGCCGAGGAGGCCGAGGGGGCCGAGGGGGCCGAGGAGGAGAGCGUCGUCUACUACUUCCUGGAGGAGAGCACGGGCUACAUGCAGCCGGCGCUGCAGGGGCUGGCCCUGGCCCACACCCUCGUCGCCUUCCUCUGCAUCAUCGGCUACAACUGCCUCAAGAUCCCGCUGGUGAUCUUCAAGCGGGAGAAGGAGGUGGCGCGGCGGCUCGAGUUCUCGGGGCUCUACAUCACCGAGCAGCCCCCCGACGACGACGUCAAGGGCCAGUGGGACCGCCUGGUGCUCAACGCCCAGUCCUUCCCCAGCAACUACUGGGACAAGUUCGUCAAGAGGAAGGUGCUGGAGAAGUACGGGGACAUCUACGGCCGGGAGCGCAUCGCGGAGCUGCUGGGGAUGGAGCUGGCCAGCCUGGAGAUCGGGGCGCAGGGCGAGAGGAAGCCCCCCCCCGACAGCUCCUUCCUCAGCUGGAUCACGUCCAUCGACAUCAGGUACCAGAUCUGGAAGUUCGGGGUCAUCUUCACUGACAAUUCCUUCCUCUACCUCACCUGGUACAUGGCCAUGUCCCUGCUGGGCCACUACAACAACUUCUUCUUCGCCUCCCACCUCCUGGACAUCGCCAUGGGGGUGAAGACCCUGCGCACCAUCCUCUCCUCCGUCACCCACAACGGCAAGCAGCUGGCGAUGACGGUGGGGCUGCUGGCCGUGGUCGUGUACCUCUACACCGUGGUGGCCUUCAACUUCUUCCGCAAGUUCUACAACAAGAGCGAGGAUGAGGAUGAGCCCGACAUGAAGUGCGACGACAUGAUGACGUGCUAUCUGUUCCACAUGUACGUGGGGGUUCGGGCCGGGGGGGGCAUCGGGGACGAGAUCGAGGACCCGGCGGGGGACGACUACGAGCUGUACCGCGUCGUCUUCGACAUCACCUUCUUCUUCUUCGUCAUCGUCAUCCUCCUGGCCAUCAUCCAGGGUCUGAUCAUCGAUGCUUUCGGGGAGCUGCGGGACCAGCAGGAGCAGGUGAAGGAGGACAUGGAGACAAAAUGCUUCAUCUGCGGCAUCGGGAGCGACUAUUUCGACACGACCCCCCACGGCUUCGAGACCCACACGCUGGAGGAGCACAACCUGGCCAACUACAUGUUCUUCCUGAUGUAUCUGAUCAAUAAGGACGAGACGGAGCACACGGGGCAGGUGAGACCCCCGGGGAUGGG